GCGGUCGUUUGUUGUUUUUGUUGCUUCAUUCAUAUUUCUACUCGUACUCGUAUGCUACAAUUCAAAAUUCUGCUAAUUAAAUUCGUGCUGUAUUGUUGUCUUUAGAUUUGCGAAUUUUCGUCGCAAGUAGUUUAAUUUCAAAAGCCAAAGCGCGCGCAUCGCACACAAGUUUAUUUUUGUAAUAAAUUUGAAAAAAAAGUAAAUAACGUUCUCGGUUGUUUGAACAAAUAUUAAAAAUAAAACAAAAUAUAAAGAAUAUAAUCCCUAACAGAUAUAUUUUCUAAAAACUUUAUUUUAGAUUGAAAAAGUGUUUGUUAUAAAAUAAUUAAAAGGGAUUUUUUCUUAAACUUGAGUAUAUUGUUUAUAUUAAAAAUAUAGUGUUUAUUAAGCUCUGUUAUCAAUUGAUAAACGAAUUUUAAAGAAUUUAAAAUAGUCACGAAUUUCGAUUGCCUUCAAACGGAGCAGCAGACACAAUGGCUGGAAAAUAUGAAUACACAUUGGGCGUCAAUGAAUUAAAAUCGAAGGAAUUUCGUUUAUGGCAAUCACUUAUUGGUGAAUUUCUUGGAAAUUUAAUAUUAAACUUUUUCGCUUGUGGUGCAUGUACACAACGUGAAGAUGGUACAUUUAAGGCUUUAGCUUUUGGUCUGGCUGUUUUUAUGGCCAUCACUAUUGUUGGACAUCUAAGUGGUGGUCACGUAAAUCCUGCUGUAACUUUGGGAAUGUUAGUUGCUGGUCGUAUAAGUGUUUUACGUGCAGUACUCUAUAUAAUAUUCCAAUGUUUAGGAUCCAUAGCGGGUACGGCAGCCAUAAAAACCUUACUCGAUGAAAUGUACUAUAACGGUCUGGGUCACACCAAUUUAAAUGACAAAAUAACUGAACUACAAGGUCUCGGUAUCGAGUUCUUUUUAGGUUUAGUUUUGGUAUUGACUGUAUUCGGAGCCUGUGAUGCUAAUAAACCCGACUCCCGUUAUACUGCCCCUUUGGCCAUUGGUAUGGCUGUUACAUUGGGUCAUUUGGGCACCAUCAAUUAUACUGGUGCUAGCAUGAAUCCAGCUCGUACUUUAGGCACUGCUUUUGCCACUAACAAUUGGGAUGCCCAUUGGGUAUACUGGGCUGGUCCAAUUUUGGGUGGUAUUGCUGCCGCUUUGAUUUACACACAGAUUUUAGAGAAACCAGCUGCAGCAAAGGUUAGUGAAGUAUCGGAUAAAUACAGGACACAUGCCGAUGAGCGAGAGAACUGAAUACAAAUCCAAAAAACCAAAAACAAAAUCCCAUUGUAAUUCUCACGCUUUCUGUAGAUUUGUCCGUCUCUCACAAAAAACAAAAAAAAAACAAAUAAACAAACACCUACACACACAGAACGACAAAUAAAUGAAUUUUUAUUUUCUUGCCUUGAAAAUAAAACCGUUAUAUAUUUUAAAUAUUAUUUUAUUGUUAUUAUAUUAUUUAAAUGCUUUUUAAUUGUAUUGUCUUUAUUCUAAUUUUAUAUGUUUUAUCUUAAAAAAAAAAACACUCAAACAUCUUUCUUUAAAAACAGAUGAGAAAAUUGGAAGGAGCACGUGAUUACGCUUAGAAAUAUAGAUCUUAGAAACAACAACAACAGUAAUCUCUGUUGUA